CACUCCUCACAGUUUGAAAACAUAACCUUGCAAGUCUUAUCAAAACAAAAAUACAAAUUUUAAUAUUUUUAAUAUUUAAAUCAAAAGAACAGAACACCUAAACAAAAUAUAUUUAUUAUGAAUAAAACUUAGAGAUCAUUUAAAUAAAAUGCAAAUAAAUAAAACAACCAAAGAUGCUGACAAUUUUAAAUCCGUUUCUUGAAGUUAUCAAUUUUUUGAAGAACACCGUCCACUAUGUCCUGGUUGUUAGCUUCCUCAUUGGGAAGGGAAUGUUUGCAUUCUUCGAACAAAUUUUCUCUUUCAUCAAGAUAGUUUUUCAGGGUGGAGCUGUUGUUCUAGAGGAGCUAUGGUUAUUUAUAAGGGAGCUCAAUUCGACUGUGAACGAAAUGUUUAUCUACAUCGAGACAUCAACGAAUCGUGGUCUGGCUGGGAUACUCGAGGGAUUUUUCUUGUUUUUCAGUGAAAUGGGACGAUUCUUGACAAAUGGAAAAAUUCAUUCUAAACUACUUGCAUCGACUGUUGCUAAAUGGGUUAGUAAUUUCUUUGGAAUUAUCCGUGGGGCUCUGCUUUUGAUAGCCGAUUCAGUUUGGUUUGCAUUGACCAUCAUUCCAAGGACUUUAAUCGAUGUGUUCAUAGUUCUGGGAGAUCUAAUUGCCUUUGGAAUUGGUGGCACUUGGAAGUUGAUAUUGCGCUUUGCUCAAAACGUGAUUGAUGAGCUAUUUCGAUAUACCAUAGCAUUUGUUGUAAUUGCUGUUGCUCUAAGGAAUCGCAGACGCAUUUAUAGAACUAGCCGCAGGUGGACAGUUCGAAUUUGUCGAAUUUCAAUAAAUUGGGUUUUGAGGAUCUAUCGUUUCCUCUUCGUUCUUCAACCUCCCAGACCAACUACCGACGAUGCAGCUGUGGUCGUUGUGUCGUCGCCAUCGAUUCAAAACCGCAUAAAGUCACGUUCUCCAAUUAACACCACUUCGACGCUAAAUAAAAGCAGCGAAUCCAUUUGCUGCGUUGUGUGUCGAGACCGUCCCAAAUGUGUGCUGCUACUGCCCUGCAAACAUUUAUGCAUGUGUGAAGAAUGUGCCGAAUUUAUUUCAGCUAUGCGACAAGCAUACUGUCCUCUAUGUCGUAGUAAUGUUCACAAACAAUUGUCCGUCUAUGUGUAGACUAAGCGGCGGCGGGCCACAAAUAUUUUUUGAAUUACAAAUUUGACCAAAAAAAAAGUCUGAACAUAUUUUUCUACUUUUUGUACCUUGCUGAGCGCGUAUUUGUUUUAAGUUCUAUUUUGUGUGUUGUAAUACUAAUUCAUUCUAUGAUUAAUAAAUUUUU